AUGAGUCUUCUCGCUUUUGAGGAUGUACGGGUAUGUACACCAACUCAAUCAAUGGUCACUAAAAAGCUGACGUUAACACAAUAUUUCCUAACUUUCAACUCCCAGGAUAAUGAUUUUUCGAUCAUGUACAGAGCAAUCGAUAAUGUUCGUCUUUUUGAGUCAUCUGCUGAUCGUCGAUUUACACCUUCUACACAAAUCGGCAUUAUCGUCAAGCGACGACGUGACACUUUAUUAUCCAUUUCACUACAAAUUAGACCCAUCGUCUCUUUUGUCAGAAUUGAAAACUACGAUUGGCCAAAUAAUAUCAAAGAGAUCUUGUCUUCUGGGAACUGGCGUAUAAGUCAACUGAAUAAAGACUAUACACUGUGUAAUUCCUAUCCGAAGUCGCUUAUUGUGCCUGCUAAGUGUGAUGAUCUAACGCUUUUGGAGAGUAGUCGAUUUCGUCAAGGUGGUCGUUUACCAGCAUUGAUAUAUUAUCAUAAGCCGAGACAGACUGCUUUGCUGAUAGCUGCUGAGCCAGUGACCGUGCAGACUACUGGGGGAAACAGUCAAAAUCCUACAGGAUCGCUUAUAUCUUCUGGUUCGAGUUUUGUAGUAACAAGUCAAAUGACUACUACUACUAGCAAUUCAUUCACAACCUCUUUAACUCAACCGAAGUCCAGCAAUUUAGUGAUUAGUCAAUCUUCAAGAAAUUCUACAUCUUUCAGUUCUAUGUCGACCAGUCGAUGUCGUCUAGAUGAACAACUAUUGACCUCUGUCCUUCCAGAUCGAUACAGAGGUGUUAUAUUGGAUUUAAGAACUCAAAGUGAAACUAAAAAGCCUCAGGUGACAAGUGGUCUUGUUGAGUUUGAACAGUAUUAUCCACAAUGGCGUCGAGUCUGUAGACCUGUAGAAACUAUCAUGAAGUUAAACACUACUUUCAGAAAAUUCAUUUAUGCGUGUUCAAUGGUCGGACGUCUCACUCGUUCUGCAAGUACAACAUUUGGUGCUCUUCAGUCUGGAAUCAGUGAUUCGAUUGGAAUGUUAUCCAGUGCAGCAUUUUACCCAAUCAGUAGUUUGGGGUUACGUAAUAACAGUAGUAAUAAUGUCACAGCAUCAAUAUCAUUUGAUGGCUCGGUUAAUCCAUCUGCUGCUGAUGUUGAUGAAUCUUUGAAUACAUCCUCAAGAAAUGGUCUUGUUUCUCAUUUGGCCUCUUUAGAUAUUCAGUCACCUAAUUCAACAGGUGAACCUAGUCUAAAUACUACUACCAACAGUAGUAAUAGUAGCAACAAUGCUGUGAAAAAGUCGAAGCGAUUUGCAGCUUGGUUGUCACUGGUACGUGAAGCACUGGCAGCUGCAGUUGCUGGAGCAACAGCGUUAGACGCUUUGGAUGCAUUCGCUCAACAACAGUUACAACAAGAACAAUGCCUAUUAGCUGAAAAACAAAGGAAAUCGCCUAAAAGUCAUAUUUUGAAGAAGCCAAAUUACGAGGAUCUUAUGUACUGGUUCAGAAUUAUUUUGAAUCCUGAGGCUAGAACUAUACAAGGAUUUCAAACACUUAUCGAUCAUACUUGGCUGAACUCAGGUCAUCCAUUCACAGAUCGUUGUCGCAAUUCAGCUUUUUGUCUUAAAGCACCGGGUGAUGAAAGUCCAGUGUUUAUCCUUUUUUUGGAUUGUGUUUGGCAAUUACUUCGUCAGUAUCCAAAUGCAUUUGAAUUCACUGAUGAAUUACUUUGUGUGUUAGCGAAACACGCUUAUUUUUCAGAAUUUGGCACAUUUCUAGGAAAUUCAUCACAAGAAAGAGAAGUGUUAAAUAUUCCAUCAAAGACUAUCUCUUUAUGGUCAUAUAUAAACCAACCAACUGUAAUAGGUCGUUUUCAGAAUCCAUUUUAUUCUGGUCCAAAAGAUGAUGAUUCUCAAUCGGAUGGUGUUGAUGUCGGUUAUGCUUGUUGGCCUUGUUUAGCAGCACAAGCACUGGAUGUUUGGGAAGAAUUGUACCAACAGCAAUUAGUUGGUGCUCAUACUGGACUAUGGAAAUUGCCUCGAGUUAUGGCGCAUGCUAUUGUUGACAAAUUUGAAGCAGAACGCCUUAGGGCAAUUCAACUACGCACAACACUUGAUCAACUGAUCAAUGAAGCUAUCAAUGCAAAUAUUCUAGUGAAACAGUGA